UUAGUCACAGCAAUCAACCAAUGGAAACAUGGUCAAGCUAUCUCUCUUCUCUUCUUCCUCACUCCAUCUCCUAACUCUAUCCAAAAACCUUGUUCUCCCCAGUAUCACAAGAAGAACCCUCUGCUCAAUUCCCACCACUAUGUCCAUUAACCUCCAGUCCCAUGCCUUUGCUGGCAAUCCUCUGAGAUCCAAGACCCCAAAGCCCAGUGACCCUUUUUCACCAACCCAAGCACUUGAGACACUCAAGACUCAACUUUUGGACAGUACCCACCUACCCUCUUGCUCACCAAGCUUCAAGGUCCUGCCUUUCAGAAAGGGCAGGCCAUUGGCAUCAACCAGUGGUGGGAUCAGUGAUAUGAAGCCGAAUUGGUAUCUGGGGUGGAUCAGUUUGGCCGAUUGUAGAGGCUUGUUGGGUGGUUGUGGUGUUGAGUUGAGUGGUGAUUCAUUGGUGUAUCUGGGUUCAAGGCCUGAGGAGGAUGUGGUUUAUUGGGCUAUUGAUGUGUCAAAGGAGGACGGCGUGGUUCCUAAAUUGGGUGGGAAACAGUUGUGUUUUGUUGAGCUGAGAACGCUUAUGGUGGCUACUGAUUGGGCUGAUGAAAGGGCCAUGACAGAGUUGGCUGUUGCCGGCCAUGCCAGGGCUUUGCUUGAAUGGCACAGUACAUCACUGUUUUGUGGACAUUGUGGAGAAAAGACAGUCCCCAAGGAAGCUGGGAGACGCAAGCAGUGUUCUAGUGAGCUUUGCAGAAAGCGAGUUUAUCCUCGUGUUGAUCCGGUUGUCAUAAUGUUAGUGAUUGAUAAAGAGAAUGACCGUGCUCUGUUAAGUAGACAAUCUCGAUUUGUGCCUAGAAUGUGGAGUUGCUUGGCUGGAUUUAUAGAGCCAGGAGAAAGCUUAGAAGAAGCUGUGAGGAGAGAAACAUGGGAGGAGACCGGAAUUGAAGUAGGAGAAGUUGUUUAUCAUAGCUCUCAACCAUGGCCUGUUGGACCAAGUAGCAUGCCAUGCCAGCUGAUGGUUGGUUUCUUUGCAUAUGCCAAAUCAGUUGAGAUAAAUGUCGACAAUGAAGAGUUGGAAGACGCCCAGUGGCACAGUAGAGAAGAUGUUAAAAAAGCUUUAACAUUUGCUGAAUAUGAGAAGGCACAAAAAACAGCGGCAGCUAAGGUUGAGCAGAUGUGCAGGGGUGUUGAGAAAGGGCAGAACUUGUCCACUGGCUUCAAUGUGGAAAGUGGCGAACUUGCGUCCAUGUUUAUACCGGGGCCAUUUGCAAUUGCCCAUCACCUCAUCUCUGCUUGGGUAUAUCAGGAUGCACCAGAUAGUGUCAAAGCACAUCCAAAACAACCUUGUGGUUCUUCUUCAAAUUUGUAGUCGUGAUUCAAUUCAUCUAUGUUUCAAGUUACUGGAUUAGUUCUCUUUUAAUUUUGAACUAAGCUCCAGGUUACUUUUAGGAUUCAGACAUAUUUUCCAUUUCCAAAAUAUUCCUACCAUUCCAUCCCUGCAACAGUUUAUUGAUAAAU